AUGGCAAAAGUAGGGGACGAUUACCAGGCCCAUAGGAGCUGUACCGCUUGUGAUCGACCGGAUUCAUUUGAUGAUAUGGUCGCGUGUGAUUCGUGUCAGAUUUGGUACCAUUAUUCAUGCGCGAAAGUGAAUGCCGAAGUCAAGAAUCGGAAGUGGUACUGUUCAACCUGCGAACCCCUGAUGAAAGGCGAAUGUGGCCAUGUUAAGGAGCAAACAAAAGACGUUCAGGCUAUCCAAUCCGAGACAGGUGAAGUAGCAUCGAAUGGGAAAUCCAAGCUGGCGGUGCCUGAAAAGGACACCAAAAGAUCUGGUAAGUCAACGGCUGGGAGUGAGACGUCCAGAAGGACGAAGAAGACGAUUGGCGAUAAAAGUGUUACAUCAAGUGUGCGUGCGCGAUUGACGAUGGAGAUGCAGGUUUUAGAAGAACAACAGCGUAUUCAGGAAGAAGUAUUAGCAGCGGAGAAGGAGAUCAAAGAUUUGCAACUGAAGCACGAGCAAGAACUGAAGGAGAAGGAGAGGGCAUUCGAAGCCAGGAAGCUUGCUGAUGCGAGGGAAUUUUUGGAGCGAAAGAUGUCUGAAGAACUGGCGUAUCGGAAGCAACAGAUGGCUACCAAAAGACAAUCCCUGGAAGAUAAGGCCAAGCUGGUACGACAGAUAUCGCAGUGUGGCAGUAGUCGAGCGAAAUGUCAAGCGUUGCGGACUCCAGGAAACGCGUAG